UCCCAGCGGCCCCCGCGGCUUCCGGUCGGCAAGAUGGUGGCGCGCAGGGGGCGGCGUUCGGCGCGGGGCUCGGACGAGGGGAUCCCGAGCCCGCCGGGCUACUCAGCGGGCUCUUUACACCUUCCUGAAUUUGGCGCUUGCUGGGCCCUCUUCCUCGGAGUUCCACAAGCAGCUUUGCCCUCGCCGUUGCACCGCUGCCCUCACUCAGCCAUUCCAGUCAAGUUCUCCGGAAAGCAGCAGGCGUCUCAUUAUCUCUAUGUGAGAGAGCACAGAGUUCGAGAAGGCACCAAGUCCUCCUGGCCUCAGAAGCGGACCCUUUUUGUCCUCAAUGUGCCCCCAUACUGCACAGAGGAGUGCCUGUCCCGCCUCCUGUCCCCCUGUGGCCCUGUCCGUUCUGUGGAGUUACAGGAGAAGCCAGACCUCGCUGAGAGCCCAAAGGAGCCCCAGUCCAAGUUUUUUCAGCCCAAGCCCAUUCCGGGCUUCCAGGUAGCCUAUGUGGUGUUCCAGAAGCCGGGGGGGGUGUCAGCUGCCUUGGCCUUGAAGGGCCCGCUGCUGGUCUCGACAGAGAGUCACCCUGUGAAGAGCGGUGUUCACAAGUGGAUCAGCGACUACAGGGACUCCGUGCUGGACCCUGAGGCCCUGAGGGCGGAAGUGGACACGUUCAUGGAGGCCUAUGACAAGAAGGUGGCUGAGGAGGAGGCUAAGGCCCAGGAGGAGGAAGGGGUCCCUGAUGAGGAGGGCUGGGUCAAGGUGACCCGCCGCGGCCGGCGGCCUGUGCUCCCCCGGACGGAGGCAGCCAGCCUGCGGGUGCUGGAGCGGGAGAGACGGAAGCGCGCCCGCAAGGAGCUGCUCAACUUCUACGCCUGGCAGCACCGCGAGACCAAGAUGGAGCAUCUCGCACAGCUGCGCAAGAAGUUUGAGGAGGACAAGCAGAGGAUUGAACUGAUGCGGGCCCAGCGCAAAUUCCGCCCCUACUGAGCUGUGCUGGCCCUCAGGCCCGUGGGGGUAGUGAACGGGCAGCGGUGCAUGGCCAGAGAGGGCCUGGAAUGCUGGUCUCAGAGGCUGUGCCCAGGCCCAGGGGCCACCGCGUCAAGCCGCCCAAAGAUCUGAGGCACACGAGGUGGGGUGAAGGACCAUGUCGCCCUCCGUUCUGGUGCUUCAGCAGUCCUGGGGCCCAGUGCUGGGGGGGCCUGCCCAGCAUGAGGACUUGGCCUUCAGGAAGCCACUGGCCCAGGAGUGGCUCCUUCCCUCUCCUCGUCUGUUCUCAGCCUGUCUCUGGACUCACCUCUCCGGGCUGAGCAUCUGCUCUUUCCCCCCCUUCCCCUCGGCGGAGAAUCCCCCACUGCAGUGAAACAGCCUCCAGAGCAGUGAUAAUACAGGAAUAAUUUCUCUUUCAUCCUGUCUGGCAGCGGGAAAAGCUACAGAAGCUGCUGGGCUGCGGGCCCCUCCUUCCUCCAGCUGCUCCCAGCUUCCUGCAGAUUAUCAGCCCCAAAACGGACAAGCCCCCAAAUCCAGGCAUAGUCUCCCCCUUGAAGUCACAAAUGUUAGAGUCAACAUCUUGCCCCCACCCCUCCACUCUGCCAGCCCGUGCUGGUCUUCAUGACCAGUGAGGCCUGGCCCCACCACACCUGGCCUGGCUGGGGGGGCUUGGAAGCUGGAAGUCUGAGUGGAGGGUGGUGAGCAGUGGGUGGGUGGUCUCUGUAGCCCUAGGCACAGGGCUACAGCUGGGCUGGGACCCUGUCCUUGCUCUGUAAGAAGGCGCUGAUGACACCGGCCACGUGUUGGGGUUGGUUCAUGUGGACGUAGUGGUUGCCCGGGACUUCCACGAACUGGAACCGCUGGGGAAGGGAGGGCAUGCGUGGUGGUGUGAGGCCCAGGGGAGGUAGCUCUGCAGGCCCCUCUGGUGGGGCUUUCCCACAGCCUGCUGCCUCCCACCGGUUCAGAAGUGUUCCCAACCGUGAGCCUUGGGGCAGUGACUGAUGCACAGCUCUGUGGGCCCCAGUCCCUCCACAGCCCCCUGUGGGCAGGUCGCCCUGGCUCUGAGCCAGUGGGAAAGGCCUGAUCGGGAAGGAAGGGUCCCAACCCUGGGCUUCUGAGCCGUUCCGAGCUGAGAGGUUGUAGAGCUGGGCUGGGGAGGGGGCCGUAGGCAGGGGUGCCACUGGUUCUGAUAAUUGUAUAAGGCCAACUUGAAAAAAGAUGGAGCAGCCUUUCCUACUUGCUCCUGCCUGGAAGAAAGCAGCAGGACCAGAAGGCACCGCCUGUUGGCCAGCCAGCCACGUGUGGACUUUCCUUCCCAGGGGACACUGUAUUGUCCGCCGAGGCCUCAGGCUCAGGUGUUAGUGGCGGAUGAUGUUAAGAUGCCAGGUGCUCCCAGGGACCUUGGCAAGGUCCAAAGUCACAGCACAAGUGUCAGCCCUCCCCCGUGGAGGCUUACCCCUAGCUGCAGCCAGCACCCACGGAAGGGACUGGUCAUCAGCUCCCGUUUGGGACCCCAGAAAGGCAUGGGACCACCUCUCCCCAAGUUGGGCUUGGCCCGGGGCAUAUGUGAGGACAGUAAACCCGAGAGUCAGCCAAUGAGGAGUGCGGUUUCUCUGCUGACUACACGUGACCCCAGGCCUCUGGGGAGUGAGGCCUGGUAGCACCUGGUCACCUGUUAGAGCUGGGGCCAGGCCAGACCAGGAGUCCCAGUCCAAGCAAAAGAGAGGGUGAGAGGGAGCCCAGAGCGGCCUGCGGCCCUGUCCUGGCCCCCUGUCCCCUGAGCCCCGCACACCUACCUCUUUUAGGACAGAUUUCAGCAUGGCAAGUACGAAGCGCAGGUGUUCCCUGUCAGCAUUCUCUCUUCUCACGUUGUAAUAUCCGUGGCUUGCUCUGGAAAAGAAGGCAGGGUUCAACUGGGGGCUGCCUCCAUGCACUGCCAUCUCGCCAGCCUGGGUCCCCUCCCAUUUCCCCACAGCUGAGCCCUGAGCCCAGGUUUAAUUCAAGGUGGAGGCCUUCAGUGUCUGCUGGCACUCAGGGCUCCCCAGGCCAGGCACGAGCGCAGUGUCUCAGGUGUAUCUCACCCUGCUCGGGUCAUAGGGCCUGCCUGCAGUCACAGCCACUGAAUGGCAGAGCCAGGAUCUGGACGGGCUCUGGAGCCCAUGUUUUCUCUUUAUCUUUUAAAAGAGCUUUAUUGAGAUAAUUUCACCCAUUGAAGGUGUAGGAUUCUAUGGUUUUUAGGAUAUUCAGGGUUGUGUCAUCACCAGAGUCAAUUUUAGAACAUUUUCAUCACCUCAAAGGAAAAAUCCUGAGCGUGUAGUUUUCACCAACACACGUGCACACAACUCCCCAUCUCACAACCACUGAGCAACUUUCUGGCCAUAGAGCCCCUAUCUGGACUCGCACAGGGAUGGAAUCCUAGAAUCCGUGGACUUUUGGGACUGACUGGUUUCACUGAGCAGAAUGUUCUCAGGCUUCAUCCACGUUGUCACAUGUCAGCACUCCAUCACUUCUUAUGGCUAAUAGUCCAUUGUAUGGACAGACCAUAUUUUGCAUAUCUGUUGAGGGACACCUGGGUUGUCUCCACCUUUGGGCUGUCAUGAAUAAUGCCGCCAUGAAUGAUCGUGUCCAGCUUCUAUGCAGACAUAUGUUACCCUUUCUGUUGCAUAUAUACCUAGGAGUGGAAUUAAAUUGCUGGGUUAUAUGGUGAA